CCCUGACCUGCUCGCACCGACUCUGCUGUGGAGGCUGCCGGGUCUCUUUAAGGCCGUGCCGCGCCUGCGCCCUGGGCUCUCCUGACGCGGCCGGGCCGGACCCUAGAAAACCCAGCGGGCCGGCGGCGGUGCCGGCAGCGGCGGUGCCGGGAGGCGUAGGUGAGGGUCGCGAGGCAGCGCUGAGCUUCCGAGUGAGCGCCGUGCUUUUGGGAAUGCUGGACGGGCGACCCGCGGAGCCGGGAGCGGGGCCGAGGCGCUGAGAAGCGGCGGCGCAGCCGCCGGCUGGAUGGGAAAUUAAUGUUUACAGCGAAGUCCAACCAACGUUUCCAAGGUGGCGACAGACAAGGUUGCAGAAAAGCUGAGCUCUACUCUCUCAUGGGUGAAGAACACAGUAUCGCAUACAGUCAGUCAGAUGGCCAGUCAGGUGGCAAGUCCAUCUGCUUCAUUACAUACCACAUCCUCAUCUACCACAUUAUCAACACCAGCCCUUUCACCAUCUUCGCCAUCACAGUUGAGUCCAGAUGACUUAGAACUCCUGGCUAAACUGGAAGAACAGAAUAGAUUGUUAGAAACGGAUAGUAAAUCUUUAAGAUCUGUAAAUGGGUCAAGAAGAAACAGUGGCUCUUCUCUUGUGUCGAGUUCAUCAGCCUCUAGCAACCUCAGUCACCUUGAAGAAGAUUCUUGGAUUCUUUGGGGAAGAAUUGUUAAUGAAUGGGAAGAUGUACGCAAAAAAAAGGAAAAACAAGUUAAGGAACUUGUCCGUAAAGGGAUACCUCAUCACUUUAGAGCAAUAGUUUGGCAACUUUUAUGCAGUGCACAAAGUAUGCCAAUUAAGGAUCAGUAUUCAGACCUACUGAAAAUGACCUCACCUUGUGAAAAAUUGAUCCGAAGGGACAUUGCUAGAACUUAUCCUGAGCACAAUUUUUUUAAGGAAAAAGAUAGCCUUGGACAGGAGGUUUUAUUUAAUGUAAUGAAGGCUUAUUCUUUAGUGGAUCGUGAGGUUGGUUACUGUCAAGGAAGUGCUUUUAUAGUUGGAUUGUUGCUUAUGCAGAUGCCAGAAGAAGAAGCUUUUUGUGUAUUUGUUAAAUUAAUGCAAGACUAUAGACUUCGUGAACUUUUUAAACCAAGUAUGGCAGAAUUGGGCCUUUGUAUGUACCAGUUUGAAUGUAUGAUACAGGAGCAUCUUCCAGAGCUCUUUGUACAUUUUCAAUCUCAGAGUUUUCAUACCUCAAUGUAUGCAUCAUCCUGGUUUCUGACUAUCUUUCUUACAACUUUUCCACUACCAAUUGCAACAAGAAUAUUUGAUAUCUUUAUGUCUGAGGGUUUAGAAAUAGUGUUUCGAGUAGGAUUAGCACUUCUUCAAAUGAAUCAGGCAGAACUGAUGCAACUCGACAUGGAAGGGAUGUUACAGCACUUUCAAAAGGUCAUUCCACAUCAGUUUGAUGGAGUCCCAGACAAGUUAAUCCAAGCAGCUUACCAAGUCAAAUACAACUCAAAAAAAAUGAGAAAGCUUGAAAAGGAAUACACUACAAUAAAAACAAAAGAAAUGGAAGAGCAAGUUGAAAUUAAAAGGUUACGCACAGAAAAUAGACUUUUAAAACAGCGCAUCGAGACAUUAGAAAAAGAAAGUGCUUCCUUGGCAGAUAGAUUGAUACAGGGACAAGUGACAAGAGCCCAGGAGGCUGAGGAAAACUACCUUAUAAAACGGGAGUUGGCCACCAUCAAACUGCAGAGUGAUGAGGCCAGUGCUAAGCUGGAGCAAGCUGAAAAUACCAUCAGGAAGCUCCAGCACCAACAACAAUGGCAUAAAUGCAGUUCCAACUACAAUGAAGAUUUUGUGCUACAGCUAGAAAAGGAAUUAGUUCAAGCCCGACUGAGUGAAGCUGAGUCUCAGUGUGCACUAAAAGAGAUGCAGGAUAAAGUCUUGGAUAUAGAGAAGAGAAAUAACUCUUUUCCUGAUGAGAAUAAUAUUGCAAGGCUUCAGGAAGAGCUAAUUGCUGUGAAACUGAGAGAAGCAGAAGCCAUUAUGGGUUUGAAAGAACUUAGACAGCAAGUCAAGGAUUUAGAGGAACAUUGGCAGCGGCACCUAGCUCGUACUACUGGGAGAUGGAAAGACCCACCUAAGAAAAGUGCUAUGAAUGAGGUACAAGAUGAACUGAUGACCAUUCGACUUAGAGAAGCUGAAACACAGGCAGAAAUAAGAGAAAUAAAACAAAGGAUGAUGGAAAUGGAAACACAGAACCAGAUCAAUAGUAACCAGCUUCGAAGAGCAGAACAAGAGGUGGUUCGCCUACAGGAGAAAGUGCAGUAUCUUUCUGCACAGAACAAAGGACUCCUUACUCAAUUAAGUGAAGCAAAGCGCAAACAAGCAGAGAUUGAAUGCAAGAACAAGGAAGAAGUGAUGGCUGUGAGGCUCCGGGAAGCAGACAGCAUAGCUGCCGUGGCUGAACUACAACAACACAUUGCUGAGCUUGAAAUCCAGAAAGAAGAAGGAAAGCUUCAAGGACAGCUUAACAAGUCUGAUUCUAACCAGUAUAUUAGGGAACUGAAAGAUCAGAUAGCAGAGCUGAAUCAUGAGCUCAGGUGCCUAAAAGGCCAGAGUGGGUUCUCAGGCCAAUCUCCUUUUGAUGGAAUCCACAUUGUCAACCAUUUAAUAGGAGAUGAUGAAUCAUUCCAUUCCUCUGAUGAAGAUUUUAUAGAUAAUCCCUUACGGGAAACUGGUGUUGGUUUUCCUGUGCACGGAAAAUCUGGCUCGAUGUCUUUGGACCCUGCAGUGGCAGAUAGUAGUGUGAGCGAAACAGACAACGGUGUGCUGGAAACCAGAGAGAGCAACCGAGUGGUUCAAAAGGAGCACCCCCCGAGAAGAAAAGAGUCGUAUUCAACCACUGUCUGACCAUCACUGUGACCUACACUGUGGAUUUCUUUAAGGGAUCAGUUAUCAUGUGAUUAGGGAUUUUUGGAACUAUCUGUUUCAUAUGUACAUAUAUAUAUAGAUAAUAUAUAUUAUAUUUUACAGUCUUACCUGCCUUUUUAUCUUUGCCAAAUCUUUACCACUGAUUUACCAUUGCCAUAAAGUAGACUGGUAUAUGGUUAAUGUGUAAAACAAAGUUCUAGCAGUAUUACUGAAUAUUAAUGUUUCUGGUUUAGAAAAUGCAACUAUAUAUGUGGGAACCAUUUUGAAGUUCAAAACUAUGGAAAAUUGAAUUUUCUUCAGACAAAACUGCUCUUGUGCAAUAUUUUAUGCUCAGUGAGCAAAUUGUAUAUUUAUGUUUAUCAAGGUGGCUGUCUACAGACAUUUGACCAAGACAUACAUCUGAUCUACCUUGUGUUUUGUUUUUUGUUAUUGUCGUUUCCUAAAACAGAG